GAUCUUUUAAAUGUAGUAGCAAAAUUUGUAUUACAUUUUCGGAUAAGUAAAUCUUAAUCUUGGCCCAACUUAAGCAUUAAAAUUUAAGAGGAUGUUGUGAAAGAAAAGAGCUGCCCAGAGACCCACUAAAUAGACCAUCUUAAUAAUGGCUCCCAAGAAAUGUUUAUGCCCAGUCACGCAUGUCAUCUUUGAUUGCGAUGGAACCUUGAUAGACAGUGAACUCGUAUACCUUAAAACGGUUCAAGAACUAUUAGCUCCUUAUGGCAUCAGUUACACCAAAGAGGAUCAGGCUCUUCAUAUGGGAAUGCCAGCAAAUGCAUUUUGUCAGAUGGUCGUCAGGGACUUUAAACUGCCGACUACGCCUGAGAAAUUCCUCAAACAAUUCGAAAUAAUUGCUGAGAAGUAUAUGGGUACCGUAAAGCUGUUGCCAGGAGUAAGGGAUUUUAUUCUCCACUUGCACGAAUACCGCAUACCCUUUUGCAUAGCAACCAGUUCGUUUAGGGAAAUAUUCAAGGUGAAGGCAAGGGCAUUUAGCGAUAUUUUUCUGGCCUUCCAUCACGUCGUCUGUGGCGAUGAUCCGGAAAUCGGAGCGGGAAGAGGGAAACCCAAUCCGGAUAUCUUCCUCCUCGCAGCCUCGCGAUUCAAUCCACCGGCGGAUCCCAAAAAGUGUCUUAUCUUUGAGGAUGCACCGGUUGGUUUGAGAGGAGGGAUAGCAGCGGGCAGCCAGGUGAUCAUGAUUCCACCGGCUCAUGUGACCAAGGAGCAAAAGAAGGGCGCGUCUCAGGUGCUCAAGUCGAUGGCGGAAUUUCAGCCCGAGUUAUUCGGCCUCCCAGCCAUUUGCAACGUCCCCAAAUUUGAGUUUGGCUAACCACCUAGCACUCAAAAUUUAUCUCUCAAAAUUGGUAAAUAUAAUAUAUCUAAAUAAAAUACGAAAUAAAUCUAAAUUAAAGAGUUUUAAAAUGUCAGAGGAAGAUCAGGGUACCAAAAUGGGUUCGAGGCGCUGUUCUUUUCAGCCAGUUACCCAUUGCAUUUUCGAGUUGGAUGGCCUGCUGAUCGAUAGCGAAA